AUGAAAUCAACUAAUUUCUUUUCUUUAACUUUGAUCUUUAUUUUUUUCAUUAUUUUCAACAACAAUCCUAUUGUUUCUGCCGUUGAGUAUGAGAUAGAUUUUAGUUAUACGGGUGAAAAGGCACCGGAAUUUUGGGACAAAUUAUCUAAAGAUUCAAAAAUUUGUACAACUGGUAAACUUCAAUCACCAAUUGAUAUCACAUCAGAACUAUUAUUAGCAAAGAAAUCAAAAGCGCCAAAAUCAGACUUUCAAGAUGCUUUAAAUGUCGAAUUCAUUAAUAACGGGAAUACGGUAGAAGUACUCCCUGGCAAAGGAAAUAAAACCUUGCCGGCUACAAUCUUCAGUAGCGACGAUGGUACUAAAUAUCAAUUGGAUCAAUUUCAUUUCCAUACACCUUCCGAACAUCGUGUCAAUGGUGCACAUUUCGAUGUUGAACAACAUUUAGUAUUCAGUAAAGUUGAGGGCAAAAACCCAAAUGAAAUUGCAGUCGUUGCUGUUUUCUACAACAUCGGUGAUGAAGAAAAUGCGUUUUUGAAACCACUUGUCGAAAAAAUUCCAAAGAAAGUCGAUGAAAAGAAUGAAAUUGAAAAGGUUGAAUUAAGUGCAUUGGUAAAAGACAUAGAUAACAUUAAAAACAAACCAUUAUCACUUAGCAUAGAACAAUUUAUAACGAUGCGCGAUGUCAUUGGUUUCAAUUCACGUUUCACGCAAUUAAGAAGUGACGAAUCCGUUAUUAAGAAAAGGUCAUUUCCAAGGUUGAGAAGAUUUUUUAGACGAUAG